AUGGUCAGUAAACGACGUCUGAAUAUAUCCGGUGAUCCAAAAACCGAAGAAAAGUCAUGUUGGUCAAAACCUACUGUUUAUCAUGCUGCUAUCGUGAUAUUUUUGGAGUUUUUUGCUUUUGGGUUGUUAACUACUCCAAUGAUUUCGGUAUUAGAUGAAACAUUUCCUAAGCAAACCUUUUUAAUGAAUGGUAUCAUACAUGGAGUAAAGGGAAUAUUAUCAUUCCUCAGCGCACCAUUUUUAGGUGCACUCUCAGAUAUGUUUGGAAGAAAACCUUUCCUACUUCUAACAGUCACCUUUACUUGUUCUCCGAUACCACUUAUGAAAAUCAGUCAUUGGUGGUAUUUCACAAUGGUGAGCAUAUCAGGUAUUUUCGCAGUGACAUUCUCAUUCGCCUUGGCAUAUGUCGCUGACAUCACAUCAGAAGAAGAUAGAAGCUGGGGAUAUGGACUAGUUUCAGCUACAUUUGCUGCUAGUCUUGUCAGUUCCCCAGCAAUUGGUGCUUAUCUAGGACGUGUAUAUAGUGAAGAAUUAGUGGUUGCAUUAGCUACAGCUAUUGCAUUUUUAGAUAUUUGUUUUAUUCUUGCUUGUGUACCCGAAUCAUUACCAGAAAAAGUACGUAUUGGUCAUUUAUGCUCGAUUACGACAUUGGGUGGACCAAUCGGUAAAUUCUCAUGGGGUAAAGCUGAUCCUUUUGCAACAUUACGUCGAAUGACCAAUGAUCAUCUUGUCCUCAUGAUAUGUAUUACAACAUUUUUAUCGUAUUUACCAGAAGCUGGACAAUAUUCAUCUUUUUUUGUUUAUCUACGUUUAGUUAUGGGAUUCACUGAAGAAAGUGUGGCACUUUUUAUUGCCGUUGUUGGUAUCAUGUCAUGUAUUGCACAAACACUUAUUUUAUCUUUAUUAAAUCGUUUAAUGCGUCCAAAACGUGUCAUUAUAGUUGGUUUAAUAUUUGAAGCAUUACAAUUAACACUUUAUGGAUUUACAACAAAUCCUGUCUUAUUAUGGGCAGGUGGUUUAAUUGCUGCAACCGGUUCAAUUACAUAUCCUGGUCUUAGUACAUUCAUCUCAACUCAUGCAGCUGCAGAUCAACAAGGUGUAGCACAAGGUCUUGUUACUGGAAUACGAGGUUUAUGCAAUGGACUUGGACCUGCUUUAUUCGGUUUAUUCUUUUAUAUAUUUCGAGUUGAUCUCAAUGAACAUACAUCAGGUGUACAUAUUGUGAAUAAAGAUAAAAGUAAUCCUCUAUUACCUGAUAGUGUACAACUUUUACAAGAACGUUUAAUCCCAGGACCACCAUUUGCUUUUGGUGCUUUACUUGUUCUAUUCGCAAUUAUCGUGGCUAUGUUUAUACCAGAAAAUCAUCCUAUAUCAAAUUUAACUCAUUCAGAAUCAAUCACCGAUCCAUAUGAAUCAUCAAUCAAUAAUCCUAGUUAUUAUGAUAGUGAAACACGUUUUCGACGUAGUUCACCAACUGGUCAAUCGAAUCGUUCUACAACGACGACAAUGAUGAAGAAGAAUUAUCAUGAUGAUUCAUUAUACACCGGUGGAAUGAAUGCUCCACUUUCUCUUACUGCUACUACUACUCCUCCUUCUCAUCGUAAUAAUGAUGACGAUGAUCAUAAUAAUAAUGACAAGUCGAAGCUACUCAUGAAUUCAAUGGAAAUGUCAAAAUAUUUUAUAAAACAUGAUAUUUUUCAUCAUAGUAAUAAUAAUAAUAAUAAUCAAUAUUCAGUUGAUAAUAACAAUAGUAUAUGGAAUCGUUUAAUGACUGGUCUAAAUGAUUUACGUAAUCCAAUCUAUGUGAAACAACGUCCAAAUCGUGUAUAUCGUCAUUCAAAAACUCGUUUUAAUACUGCUGGUUUAGUGGAACCAUUUCGUCGUUUAUUUAUUCGAACAAAAACUUAUGAUGGAAAUUUUAUUGGUGUCAGUGGCAGCGGUGGUGGAGGCGGUAUCAUCGAUGAAGAAUUUCUUGAUCGUGAAACACGUCUUCAUUAUUCCAAAUUACCAUUUACUAUGAUUUCAUCAUCAAAGAAAAAUAGUUUUAAUCAUUCAAAUAAUCAUCCUUAUCAUCAUCAUAAAUAUGUCGAUGAGAAAUCCAAUAAGGAAUUAUUAUUCUCUAAUCCAUUAUUAUUAAGUCAAAAUGAAUCAGAAGAAGCAGCUGACUUAAGCAAUUAUCGUGCACAUCAUUUCCGACGCAUGUUUAUUACUUCACCUACAUCUACUCCGCAUACAUUGACGACUAACAUUAAUGAUACUGUUGAACAUACAAAUACUACUGUGAUUUCUUCAGCGGAUUAUCAUCAUCAUCAUCAUCUCACUAGUACUGAUCAUUCGUUAUCGGGACACCGCCUAUAAGAUUGUUAUAUUGAAUCCUGAUGGGUGAAAAAUGAAAUAAUUUUCUUCUGUUUCUUUAUACAAUUAAAAGAAUUUAUUCAUUCAUAUGAAUGAGAAUAUUACUAAUAAUAAUGUAUGUAAUUAUUUUCUUAUAUUUGUCUACUAAAUUGAUCAUCUGAGUUGGUGUUUUUUUUUUUAAAAAAUUCAAACAAUUAUGAUUUACAACAAAAGAAAAUAAGAAACAUGAAAUUUUCAAAAUCGGUGCCACCAUAGUUCAUCAAUGUUUUUUUGUUUUAUUUUACAACUGUCUCUAUCACAUACACACACACACAUGCACAUGCAUUCACACAUGUACCACCAGGAUCAAUGAUGUAUGUGCAUGUACGUGUACAAUGUGUGUGUGUUCCUGGUGAUGAGAGAGAGAGAGAGGAACGUGUACACCAAUGCCAACAACCUACAAACCUCUAUCUAUGUACACUUACACACACACACACACACACGCAUACACACUGUAGACAAAUGAAACUAGCAAGCCAGCAUGUUUUAUCAGUGUGCCAGAGUGUUGUGUUGUGUUCUAUUAGUUUCGUUUUUGUGGGUUUCUAGUUGAAACUUUAUGUACAGUGUACAAUGUUGUCUCGGUUUAACGCUGAUUACUUUGUCUGCGUGUGUGUGCGAUUGUGUAUUGUAUGUACUAUUGAUUCUGUGUAUUUAUAUAUUUCCGAUGAGAUGAUAGCACACACUCACUAAUGAUUAUUCAAACAAUAUAUGUAGUCUACUCACUCAGACAAUACCUUUGUAAGUAGUAUGCGUAUGCGUGUAUACAUGUCAAUUUUUACAUUUUGCUUACAUGAGCUAGAGAAACCGAAUUAAACAAACACAGUAUUAACAUCAUCAUUCAUCAUUAUUAUCCAAUGGUUUCUUACUCUUUCACAUGCACACACAAUUUUUAUUGUUAUUCAUGUGUAUUUUAUCUAAAAUUACGUUUGUUUCUCCAUUUGUAUUUUGUAUUGUAAACUAACAGUGACAGCUACAUCUACAACCACAACACUGACAAAAAAAACAAUAUUCACCAUUGUGAACUUACUUAAUUUGUUUUUUUUCCGUUUUCUUUCUAAAAAAAACAACAACAAAUAAUGAGAAAACAUUUUUUUUUGGAGAUAAACAACAACACAGUUUGUGUCUCUCUCUGUGUAUGUGUGUGUGUGUGUACGUUGACUGAAAAAUGAGAAACCAUUUUGUGAAAAAUUCUUAUGUUUAUGAUUAUUGUUGUGAUGCGUUUUUACUUUUCUUUAAAAAAAAAAUUAAUUUUUUAUUAUUCGUUUGUUUUUCAUUAUUUUGUUAUUUAUUUGAUUUUGAUGAGUAUCAUCAUCAUGUUGAAAAAUUUUCCCCUCAUUUGGGGGGGGGUAAGGGGAUGAUAUUCCCCUUAACCUUAUCUUGCUCCUUGAUGUCUAGUGCUUUUUAUUCCAGGUUAUAAAUUUUUCUUUUCUAAAACUAUCUAACAAGGUGUAAGUGUAUGCGUGUGUGUGUGUGUAACAUAAUUUUCUGUGUGUAUUUUUUCAAAUUAUACAUUGUGAUAUAA